CAGGGUUAAUGAGGGACAUGAUGAGGGGACACUGCACAGGGGAGGCCAAUCUCUGCUGAUAAGAGCAGGUGACGUGCCCCAUUGCGCCCCCUGCUGGUGGAAGUGCAGCUAGUGCCUUCAGCUACGGGACACAGAGGUAUGUUUGGAGCUCUGCCUUAUGUUUAAGUGGACCAGAGACGUUUACGGAUGGUACAAGUCAUGCACUUUCAUUAACUCCUUGAAGGGAGGCCAUCUCGAGACAGACAAGAUUUUGUCCAAAAAAACACCAUAGUGAUCAACAUGCUGUGAUUUUGGGGAAGCUGCCACUGAGCCUAAAGUUGCAGAAAAACACCAAAGAGAGUUGCUGAUGGGCGCUGUCACUCAACAGCUGUAAGCCCACAGCUCCGAGACGGCCACCUGUAGACACUUCUUCAAGAACCGAACUUCAAGUCCACUCAUCAGCUGGAGGGGGAGGACACAACUCUAUUGGAAUUCUUUGGCACUGCAAGGGAAUAUUCGGCAGCAUUUCACUUGACUCCUUGUACCAGGCUGUGCAUACUUGGCAUUUCAUGGGUGCUCUGCUGACAGUGAGUGCAUUCCAGGGAAUGAGAUUCAGCUGUUUGUGGGGACUGAACCAAAGCGCAAAAUGAAUGAGACAAUAAGAUGUACAUUGGUAAACUGCAUCUGUUUGGGAUUCAAACCUGGCAAAAUAAAUCCCCGUCAGUGUGAACAGUGCCGACAUGGAUGGGUAGCACAUGCACUGAGUAAGCUACGGAUUCCACACUUUUACCCCACCAGUCAAGUUGAAAUUGUUCAGUCCAGCGUAGUCUUUGAUAUUAGUAGCCUUAUGCUUUAUGGAACUCAAGCCAUUCCUAUUCGGAUGAAAAUUCUGCUUGAUCGACUCUUCAGUGUCUUAAAGCAAGAAGAGGUCAUUCAGAUCCUUCAUUCACUUGACUGGACGCUCCAGGACUAUAUCCGGGGUUAUGUACUUCAGGAUGCAUCUGGAAAAGUCUUGGAUCACUGGUCAAUCAUGACUGUUGAAGAAGAAUUAGCCACAUUGCAGCAGUUUCUUCGUUUUGGAGAGACGAAAUCUAUUGUAGAGCUUAUGGCAAUCCACGAGAAAGAGGGGUACUCUGUGAUUGUUCCCAGCAAUCGAGCAAAUUCUGACAUCAGAUCAUUUAUUGAAGGCAGCAGCCCCAGGAAUAGUCCUAUUAUAGUUCCUAACCCAUUGGAGAAAGUGUCUCCAUCUUCCAUACAUCCAUUUGAGAACAUGAUCAAUAACAUGGCAUUCACAUUACCAUUUCAGUUUUUCAGCCCUGUGCCUCCCCCUCUCAUAGGCUCACCACCUGAAAGGCCACUUACUGAAAGAAGUCAUGAUAGAGGGAAUGAAAGCAAACAAGAUGCCCAUAUAUCAUUCUCUGAAAGCAGCUUCUUGACUUCUAGUUCUGCAUCAUUUAAUUUAGAAAAUGAGUCCAGCAUAAGUGCUCAGGAUGUCGUCACCAAAGCAGAAGAUGAUAGUCCAUUAAGUGAUUCCAGUUCACACAACACCUUGACAAACUAUGAGAUGACUCCACUCUCUCCUGAAAAUAAACUGAAGUCUGCUGAACGAAAUGGCACUGGACCCAGAAAGGGCCGGGUCUUCUGUACUGCUUGUGAAAAGACCUUUUAUGACAAAGGAACAUUAAAGAUACAUUACAAUGCAGUGCAUCUGAAGAUUAAGCACAGGUGUACCAUAGAGGGCUGCAAUAUGGUAUUUAGUUCACUACGCAGCCGAAAUCGGCACAGUUCUAAUCCCAACCCACGACUUCAUAUGCCAAUGAAUAGGAAUAAUAGAGAUAAAGAUCUUAGGAAUGGACUCAUUAUCUCUGUACCUGAGGAUCACAAAAGGCUGGGACUCAAAAGUCCUUGCUUAGAUAACAGAUCUCCUAAUAACUAUGGAACUCACAGCACUGACUCAAAGAUGCCACCUGGCCUGCCCAAUCUUGGACAGUCAUGUGUUCUCAUUCCUAACUUGAAAACUGUUCAGCCAGUUUUACCUUUCUAUCGAAGUCCUGUUACUCCAGCUGAAAUUGCCAACACUCCCGGAAUGCUUCCUUCCCUACCAGCCAUUUCUUCAUCUAUCAGUGAUAAGAUAGCAUCCGCAGAUCUCCAUUUGGAUAACAUGCCAAAAAAGAAAUCUCGAAAAUCAAGCAUGCCAAUCAAAAUCCAGAAAGAAUCUGUGGAUAACCCAACAGAAAGUGAAGAAAACAUGGGUUCUGAAGAGGAUCUCUCACCAAAUAAAGAUGAUUCCAGUGUAUAUGAGAGCUCUGAUAGAAAUGUUGAAAAUUCUGCUGAAAGUCCAGGUGGACUUGAGACGGAUCAUGUUCGUUCUUCAAUCUCUUUCCAUUCCCAAAAUGGAGAAGACCAGAAUUCUCACUCUGUGGAUAAAAGUUAUGACAAUACAUCUUCUGACUCUGAGAAUGAAUUUCAUCCCUUCACUCAAGGGCCAACAUUGAAAGUGGAUUCCAGUGAAAAUAAAUAUGAACGCUCAAACCACUUUAAUGUUGUAAGGCAGCUGGCUGACCCCUCCCUAUAUAAUAGAGAACAGCCAAAACAUGCUGAUUCUGAGGACAGUAUUGAAUUUCGAAAUUCCCCUUUCAACAGGGGCAUUUUUGGUGCAAUAUCUAAUAAAGGCCCUAGCUUGAGUGACUCUACACACUUGGAACAUGGAGAUCAGCACUUAGAUGUUCCCAAGGAUGAAAAUCGUUUCCACUGUGAGAUCUGUAAGAAAGCAUUUAAAAACCCAUACAGUGUUAAAAUGCAUUACAAAAAUGUACACCCAAAGGAAAUGCAUUUAUGUACAAUCAAUGGUUGCAAUGCUGCUUUCCCUUCUCGGAGGAGCAGAGACAGGCACAGUUCUAAUCUGAACCUUCAUCAUAAGCUUCUAACCAGAGAUGCUUUGGAACUACAUAACAAUCCUUACAAUAUACCUUAUCUUUUGAAAGACAUGACCAAGGAUCACUAUCAGGAAUCCCCACUAAAAAACCCAGGACAGACAUCUGUGAUCUUCAAAGGAAUGAAUCGGACAGGGAGUCUGGUUUAUCCCAUGAGUAAGAUCAGAGAGCCUUGUUUGGACAGCUUUGGUGCAGAUCCUUUGAAUGACAGCGUUGUCUUGGAUUUAAGCACAACCUCAAGUGUCAAGUCAGCAAGCAGUUCACAUUCCUCCUGGGACUCGGACGGAGGUAGUGAAGAAGGUAACCUACCAGUGGAAGAUAGUGAUGAAAACUUUGAAGGCUUGAGCUUCAUACCACAGGAAGAGCUUUACCACAAUUUGAAUUUGGUCUGUAAAGCUGAGCAGAGUUUUUCAAAUAUGCCAUCUGGUAUGCCAAUAACCUGCCACAUCUGCCAAAAAAUGUACAGUAACAAGGGGACAUUCAGGGCCCAUUACAAAACAGUACAUCUGAGGCAACUGCAUAAAUGUAAGGUGACUGGUUGCAACAUUAUGUUUUCUUCUGUGCGAAGCCGAAACAGACAUAGCCAAAAUCCUAACUUGCACAGAAGCUUAUUUGAGUCACCAAGUACUGUUUAGUACAAUUAUGCAGGGUUUAAAAUAAAGAAAACAACUUCCUAAUUUGAACAUACUUUUGAAGGCACUUGAUAUUUUUAUACAGUAGACCUUAAAUGGGAGAUGUCACUUUAAAACAAACAUUUGGCAUGUCCUAGAGAAAAGUCAAAAGUUUAGAUGUGUCAGGGUCUCAAUGCUGUUAGAUACAGCCAGGAGAAGUGCUCCCAAGUACAAUGCCUCUCCAAUGUAAGUCUAUGGCGUAAUUUCCUGCUGUGAGACAGAGAUUGACAGAGAACUGUGGAGCCAAGCACUUCUCAGCCAAUCUGUCUCAGCACUGAGGCCCUGGCUAUUCAAAACUUUUGACCUGUCUCUAGGACAUGUCAAAUGUGUUUUAUUUUUUUAUUUUUGUAAGUGACAUGAACACAUAUUGUCCAUCUUUGAACAUGUUGACCCAGAUUUAUCAAUCUGUCUAAGAUACAAAUUGAAGAGAUUUGCCCAUAACAACUAAUCACCGCUCCUCUUUCAUAUCUUAAUGAAGUUUGGGAAAAUGAAAGCUGAGCUAUGAGCAAAUCACUCCAGUUGUCCAGUUUGUCUUGGACAGAUUGAUACAUUCUGGUCUGUCUCUUGUUUUCCCCAUGUAAAGAUGUUCUAAAUUCUGCAUUUAUUAAUGUCUUUAAUAUAUCUAUAGCAGAUGGAGCCCUUGUAUUCUAAAAAAGGACUAGAAAUCAUAUGCUCAUAAAAAAAAAUUAAAAAAAAAUGGUUGAAAUAUCUGCAGCCGCUGCAGCCAGUAUAGGAGCAUUCUGCAUACUGUUUGUACAUUGAACUCAAUUGUAAAACAGUAUGCAGUAAGUGCCUCCUAGUGGUGGCUGCAUCUUUUAAAACUUUAACCAUGCAGUGGAUUUUGGAGUGCUACAUCAGAAAAAGCAAAUGUCAUGUUAAGAAAUUAAUCAGCACAUCUAAAAACAUGGCAAUGAAAGGUGGAAAUUCACUGAACUAAAGUUUUUCUUAACAGAAUGCAAGGAAUGCAUGUGUGACUGCAUUUUGUCAAGCUUUUUGCGGUGUGAAAGUGCUAAUGCAAAGCGCUGCUAAAUGAUAUGGAGAUGGAUUUCUACUUAGAAAACAAUAAGGAACAUGCCACUCACUGCUCUCUUUUUAAUGCAUCUUUUUCAUCCUAGGAAAAAGCAUGAUCUUGAAAGAACGAAACAAUGAUGCAUUUCAAAGUAGAGGAUGUGCAAACAACUCCAUUUACUGAGCACAAAAACACAUAAAAUGGUCAAACCACUUCUGUUAUGAUGCCAGCUGAACAAAAUAAAAAGCGUUCACGUUUUUUGUAGACAAUAGUGGGCUGUGUAAGUAGUAACGUCAUUCUCUGAUUUGUACAGUUUUGAUAGCGUGUUACUUCAGCCAUGUCACUGUAUAAUGUUUUUGUUAUUUUGUAUGCUAUGCACUUGUUCCAGGCAUUUGUAUUAAAAUGCUGUCUGUUCACUUAUGUUAUAUAUAUAUAUAUAUAUAUUAUGUCUUAUUAUUAUAUAAAUGUUUUUGUUUUUUUCUUUGUUUAAAUUGGAAAAGACAGAUGUUUUCCAGAAGCAUGAUAUUGAUUACAGUUUGUAUAUAGUCAAAAGAUUUCCUUUCAUUCAUUCUAAAUAUUCCAGUAGGACUGGAGAUGUGAAAUUGUUGUCUUGUACUGUAAAUAUAUGUAUAUGAAAAAUUUAAAACAAAUUGAUUUAAUUUGUUGCCGUCUGUAGCAGUAUUUCAGUUUUGUUGAUAUUUAACUUAUUGGGAAUGAGCCCAGUUGGUAUGCAAGUUCUUGCAUUGUAGCUGCAGUGGAAAUCCUUUUGAUAAUGCAUCUAAAUUGGAAGUAUUGUAUCCUACCCAGGAAGGAUAACUCCAAGAUUAUGGUUUAUAAAAUGCUAUAGUGAUUCCUCAUACUUCACUCAUUGGGGUGGUCUUUGCUUCUCAGACCCCAGGCUUGCUUUUGCAUACAAGGGAGACCACUCUUGUCUAUAGAAGGUAUUUGGUAUUGCCAUUCAGUCAGGUUAUAACAGACACAGUUUAUGGAUGCGUGGCGGGUUCCUGGAAUAUCUGACAAUUUGGACAACCCUUUCAAUCCUGCAAGAUUUUGAGACUGAUUAGUUGCUGUAGAAACACUGCCUUUUACAUGCGUUUGUCAGGGAGUGUGUCCCUUGAAAUCAGUCUGUGUAAAGUGUAAGAUGCCUGUCAUUAGACAAAACUUUUGACAUGUUGCAGGGAAAUGUCAAAAGCUUUAAUUGGUCCUCUACCAAUCUCUAGAUAUAGCUGGGUGAGGCAAGCUUCACUCCCUGGAUAGCUAUGAUCUCUGUCCAGUUGCAGGAGACUGUACCGGGAGCCUAUGGAGCCAGUCCCCUGCAACUGGACAGGGAUUAUGGCCAUCCGGGAAGUGAAGUACGCCUCAACCAGCUGUAUUUAGAGAUUGGUAGGGAUCUAAACACUCGGACUCCAACUGAUCAAAACUUUUGGUCUGUCCUUUAAACAUGUCAUGUAUAAUGACAGGCACAUUUUAAGGCAAUCAGACAUUUUCUAGCAAUUUUUAUUUUUGAUUUUUUGCUAAGAAGUAAUAAAACCUAUUUGGGAGAAUACAGAAAUAUAUUGGACUAACCAUGAGCAGCAUGCACUAAGGACGAUGGGGCAGUCAGUGCAAAAAUGUUACCUUAAGGGUGCAUUCACACAAGUGGACUUUGUUUCAAACUUGCAGCUGGUUGAAAGGGGCACCAGAAUCUCCACUUUUGAAUAUCUGCUGCAGACCCCAUUGACUUCAAUGGGGUCUGUGAUGGAUUUUCCACAAUGGAGUAUCUGCUGCGGAGAACCCGUCCCUUCACACUCGCAGCAGCAAACCUGAUGCAAGUUUGAAACAAAAUCUGCCCGUGUGAACAAGCCCUAAGUGACAGAUUAUACAUGUAGUUUGUUUCUUUCUUUUUUUGUACCCUCUAGCAAUGGUUAGAAAACGAAAGCUUUCAUUACUUUUGGAAAUCCCUUUACUUACCAGUUUUCAGAGAUGAGCCCGAACAAGUCUGCAUUUCUGAGACCUACAGAUGCAUAUUAUUUCAGAGUGCCAAUUUUCUUGUUUUCAUAAUUUCUCAUUUACAGAAGAAUUUUGUCUUUUUCCAGAUAUAGCAUAAGGAUGUCAUUCUAUGUGCCCAAAACAAAUAAAUGCUAUGAGUAUCAUUCUCUUACAGUUUCCCUAAAUGUGUUUGAAACUGGCAAGUAUCUAAAUAUCGUUUAUGUGCAAUAAUUUGUUUUGUACAGUCUAGAACCAAAAAGACCAUGCCAUGUGGACUUUAUCAUACUAUUUAAAAUUCAAUUAGAGUCCUUUACUAUUAGUGAUUUUGGGUAUAUAAUCCUGUGUGAGAUGAUUCUUUAAAAAGGUAACAUUUGAUGGACCAUGUCAACGAGAAAAAUUAGUAGUUGUAUAGUUAAAUGGAUACAGUAUAAGAGCUCAGGAACACAGCCCUGUCCUACAUGUGUAUUACCAGGGUAUUAUUUUCUAGAAGCACUGCUGCUAGGGAAGAAUAAGGUGCUAUACAGGGGUUCCAUGCAGUGGUAGACACAGUGCCUACAAAUUUAAAGUAUAGGGAUGUUACUGUACAUCCUUUGUGAACACCCCUAAUGUAUGUUACACUUGUUCUAUAAUAGACAAUUACAAAGAUCUAAUUUGUAUUACUACGAGUGCUUAAUCUGAAACAUAUGGCAUGUGCAACUAGUAGCCUUCAGCCCUGUGACUGAGAUCUUAGAGGAAUAAUGUCUUACUACUGGCUUUCUCUGAUUAUUUUUGUUUGACAGGAGAUGGCAUUGAAAUGAACAGUAUUCUGUAUUUAAUUGUUACACAAAUCUGAGUGGUCCAGUUUCUUCACAGCUCUAAGAAAGGCAAUUUCUACUUCUUUCAAAAUAUAUAUUGUAUUUUGGUAGUUAUUUAAAUAAAAAAAAGUGUUUCCCAAUAGCUACAUUUGUAUACCCUAUGUACAUUUUUUUGUAAUAAUAAAA